AUGAAACUAGAAAAACUUGACAAACAGUUCUCAAAGUUUCUGGAAAUUUUAAAAAAGCUUUACAUUAAUAUACCUUUCACAGAUGCUUUGACACAAAUGCCUUCUUAUGCUAAAUUUCUGAAAGAUAUUUUGUCAAGUAAAAGAAAAUUGGAAGAACUUUCUGUCGUUAAGCUUACAGAAAAAUGUAGUGCUAUACUUCAAAAUAAGCUUCCACAAAAACUUGGUGAUCCAGGAAGUUUUACAAUUCCUUGCACUCUAGGAGGUGCUCAUUUUGAAAAAGCAUUAUGUGAUUCAGGCGCAUCAAUAAAUCUAAUGCCUUUUUCAAUUUUUAGGAAAUUAGAACUUGGUGAAAUAAAAGACACUGGUGUGUCUCUUCAACUGGCGGAUCAAAGUACUAAAAAAUCAAAAGGAAUAAUUGAAAAUGUUCUUGUAAGAGUCGACAAAUUUAUAUUCCCAGCAGAUUUUAUAGUACUUGAAAUGGAAGAAAUUACUGAGGUGCCAUUAAUUUUAGGUAGACCAUUUCUCGCUACAGGUUCGACAAGUGAUGAUGACCCCAUAAUAAAAGAAGAAGCUAAAACACUUGAAAAAGAUUUCGAAAAUGAGGAAGUCCCACCAGAAGUUCAACCAAAAAUUGAACUCAAAACUCUUCCUUCUCAUUUGAAAUAUGUUUUUCUUGAAUCUGAAUUUUUUCCAGUAAUCGUCUCAUCUUCUUUAACUACAGAACAAGAAAGCAGAUUAAUUGGGCUUUAG